CCUCUCUGUGAUAGAGUUCUUUUGCUUCUGGCUCACCGUCUGCCAUCCCUUCCCAAUCUUCACCAUUGAAAUGCAGAACCGUUGCUCUUCGUCGGCGUUUAGCGCCAACCAGAUUUGGCCGUCGCAGUUGUAGUUUCUCCUGCCGCCGGGAUUUCUCUUCUCCGGCCUUCCCCACGGGUUUUUGUCGCCAUGGCUCCGGCGCGUAAAAGGGGAGCAAACCGCGCGAAGGCGAAUCAGUUGAGUUUGGGAGAUCUGGUCCUCGCCAAGGUUAAAGGUUUUCCUGCCUGGCCUGCUAAGAUUAGUCGGCCUGAAGAUUGGGAACGAACUCCUGAUCCUAAGAAAUACUUUGUGCAAUUCUUUGGGACUGCUGAAAUUGCAUUUGUUGCUCCAGCUGAUAUUCAGGCAUUUACUAAUGAAGCAAAGAGUAAAUUGUCGGCUCGAUGUCAAGGUAAGACUGUUAAAGAUUUUGCCCUUGCUGUCAAGGAGAUAUGUGAAGCUUUUGAAGAAUUACAGCAAAAGAAAGCAAGUGCUUCUGGUGAUGAUACUGAUAAAACUGCUCCUGGCGAUGUUGCUUCAUCAAUUGAUGGUGGAGAGGUUGAGUUAAAUGAUCUGAAUCAGACAGUUGGACAGAAAGAAAACAUUAGUAAUGAGGCCUCAGGCAAUGAACUGUAUGGACUUGAACGAUGUUCACAUGGGGUGGGUGAGACUGAGACGAAGGAUAUAAAGCCUAGUAUCUCAUGUAACUCAGAGACUGGUUCAUCUCCAGUCAUAUCUAUUAAGAAAAGGGGCAAAACAUCCAGCAAUAGCACAUGUUUACCAAAGAAAGAGGUAAUGCUUGUAUCCAGACCUGAUAAUCCUUUCUUGUCUAAAGAAGCAUCUAGUAAUAGGGCUGGAGAUGGUGGAGAAUUCCAUCCUGAUCAUGCCAAUGUAGAGACUCAUUUGAAAAUAUUAAGUGCUAGUAGAAGCAGUCCUCUCCUUAAUCAUAAAGGAGAUUCUUUUAGUGGUCAUGUUGAUAAUAGUGAUAGUUCCCCACUCUUAGUUGUUUCAGUUUCGGCGAAGCCAUCUGCUGCUGGGCAGAGGGCAAAAGGGGUGGUUACUGUAUCAAAAAGGAGGCGGGAUGGUCCUGUGAAUGUACAGAAAAGGACAAGUUCAACUGUAAAAUCAGUGAAGCUUGAUGACCCUUGUAGUAAUAAUGAUCUCCCUGAUUCGGAAGAACAUUUGAAAGAUGGGGUUGAAAGCAAAGUUUCUCCUUAUGACAGCGCAAGGGAAUCAUCUCCAGAUGGAUUGAUGUCAGAUUCAGGUGUCAGCAAUAAAAAGAAGGUCAAAGCAUUGCCAAAAGUUAAGAAACAUUUCAUGGGAGUUGAUAACUCACUUGGACUUCAUGAAAUUAGCAAGGGUACUUUAGACAGAUCUGAGGUGCUAGGCAAGGAUGAACUUUUUCUGUUGGGAGAUCACAGGAAAAAGAGGAGUCAAUUUGAACAUGGAAAGCAUAAGUUGGCUCCUACUGAAGAUUCACGUCCUGCCAAGAGAUCAAAGCAUGUAGAUGUGGCUGAUGGAAGAACCCAGAAAUUACCUUCGAAAAGCAGGAGUGAAUCUCCAUGUCCUGCUGUCAUUGAUGAUGCAGAAGAUAAACAUGGGGAGAGCAAAACAUCAACAUCAUUUAUGAAGGCAGAAGAUCAUCUGGCACUGAAUGGUGAAACAUUUAGUAAUGGGAUGAAUUUACCUGGUGAUGGAGCUGUUCUACCCCUAGUGAAGCGCCGUCGUCGGGCAUUGGAGGCAAUGUCUGAUUGUACAACUCAAACUGUCAGAGGCAUAAUGAAUAAACAACCUAAUUCCCUUAAGAAUGAUGUGUCUGGUUCUGAUAAUGAUAGCUCUCCUGUCAUGCAGGUUCACUCAAAAUGGAAAUCGGUUUGUCGAUUUGAUGAUGAGGAUGAAAAACUAAGAGAUUUGGUUGAUGGAGAGGUUUCCAGUAAUUUGAAUGGGCCUUUGUUUGUGUCAGAUUCUGUUGAUGACACUGAAACACAUCUUGAAAGUUCCAGUUAUGAUCAUCUAAAUAUCAGAAAUGCUGAAGAUGAUGAUUUUGAUUCGACUCGACUUGAGGAUAACCCUUCCAAGGUUGGAGAAUCAUCUAACGAAGUUCUAAAUGAAGCUUUGUCACCCCACAUGAAGAAAACUGAAGAGAAGGGGGCAAAAAGGUCGAUGGCAGCUCAUGUAUAUUGUAGUCCCCAGAAACUAGAAUGCCAUAAAUUGUCCAUGAAGGGUGGUAAGCCUAUCUUGGCUUCACCUAAAGACUCCCAUGGUUUGGCUACUGCAAUCAAGCAAGAUGAAUAUAAAGCCAUCAAGCCCCAGAGUAAAGCAUCUAGUACUCCUACAUUGAGAAAGGCUCAUGCUGGGUCUUCUAAAGCCUCUAUUCCAGUUUCUGAUGCUUUAAAUCAUCUUUCUAAACAAACCAAAGGUGAAAAGAACAUGCCUACAGUUGCAGUUACAGCAGAGAAAUCAAAAGUUACUUCUAAAACUAAUUUACAUGUGACCGCAUUUGCCGUUUCAGCUGACCAAUAUUUGGAGAAUAAUUCUCUGCUUCCUGAGCGAGUGGAAGUUUCCAGUGACAAGUCUGUUGGUUCAGUGGUAGAUUCCAAGUUUGCGGACUCUGUUACAUCUAUGAAGCAUCUUAUUGCAGCUGCUCAGGCAAAAAGAAGACAAGCUCAAUCGCAGUCCGUCUCUCAUGAAAGUCUCAUCCCUCCAUUUAUUUCAUCUGCUUCUAUAGAUCGGGGUAGGAGUCCCAGCCCUCCUUUAGUUCAUCCCUUUAUGUCUGUCACUAGCAAUGUUACGCAAAAGGAUGCAAAGGGAUUACAUUCUCACACAUCCUUACGUUCUCCUCCUUCUCAUGCUCAUCAAUUUGCAUCACAACAUCACUUUGAUUCUGAAGACCACGAAGAGAGAAGAGUUAGUUCUGGACAUUGGGCCUCUGGGGGGUCAUUGAGUGGUGGUACUGAGGCAGCUGUUGCACGUGAUGCUUUUGAGGGAAUGAUAGAGACAUUAUCAAGGACAAAAGAAAGUAUUGGACGAGCGACCCGUCUUGCCAUUGACUGCGCCAAGUAUGGCAUUGCCAGUGAGGUUGUGGAACUUCUCAUCCAAAAGUUGGAGAAUGAGCCUAGUUUUCAUCGUAGAGUGGACCUGUUCUUUCUUGUUGAUUCUAUUACACAAUACUCACAUAGUCAUAAAGGAAUUGUGGGAGCCUCGUACAUUCCCACGGUACAAGCUGCACUGCCACGUUUAUUGGGUGCUGCUGCUCCACCUGGUGCUGGUGCUCGUGAAAACCGUCGUCAAUGUCUUAAGGUUCUGCGACUAUGGAUUGAGCGGAAAAUUCUUCCUGAAUCACUUCUUCAGCAUUUCAUGAAUGAUAUUGGUGGCUCAAAUGAUGAUAUAGCUGCUGGAUAUUUUCUUAGACGUCCAUCUCGUGCUGAGCGUGCUGUAGAUGAUCCAAUUAGAGAAAUGGAAGGGAUUCUUGUUGAUGAGUAUGGGAGCAAUGCAACUUUCCAGUUGCCUGGCCUUUUAUCCACUAAUGUAUUUGAAGAUGAAGAUCUUUCCAGCAGUUUAUGCAAAGAAACUGGUAUUGAAUCACUAGUGGAACCAUCCAAUGCUUUAGAAGAGCCAGAAACAUGUGCAGUUACUCCAAGUGACAGAUGCCACUGCAUUUUGGAGGAUGUGGAUGGUGAGCUUGAAAUGGAAGAUGUUUCUGGAUCCCCAAAGGAUGGCAGGACCAGGGGUGGAAACAAUUCUUUUGAACUGAAUUUACAACGACAGACUAAAGAUGGAAUUUUGAAAUCAUGUUCAGAUAAUCUUUCUGAGCUUCCGCCUUUACCACCUUGCUCUCCACCAUUGCCUUUAGAAUCUCCACCUCUACCACCCCCCUUGCCUCCUUCACCACCACCACCACCACCACCUUCAUCUCCAUCACCACCUCCACCACCACCACCACCACUACCACUACCAUCGCUGUUGCUAUCACAACCACCUACACAAGCAGUUCCAUCUACAGGCCCACCAUCAUUACUACGUCCACCAUCAUUGCCACCUCAACCAUCAUUGCAACCUCAACCUUCAUUGCCUCCUCAAUCAUUGCCACCUCAGUCAUCACUGUCAAUGCAACUAUCAAUACCAUCUUCUUCACCACCAUUGACAUAUCGGCAAUCUGUACCUCCAGAGUACUGUAGUGACUCCCUCCAAAUUUCUGGAAGUACUCAUCCAGGACAUGUUAAUACUGCUAUGAAAAGCGAGAUGCUUCCACAACAAUCUCCUUGCUUUGUGGCAGCAGGAGAUGGCAAUACAUGUGAUCCUUCUGGCUUUAAUUCUUCAAGGCCAUUUGAAUAUGGACAUAAUGACAUGUAUUUAAAUCCUCAAGCUCAGCCCAAGCAGCAGUUCCAACCAAUUAAUGCAUCUUAUGCUCAGAGACCAUAUCCUCCUGGCCUCCCAGCAGAAACCCCACCAGGCCAUUUAUACACAAAACCAACAGUUCAGCAGCACAUGCAGCAACUGUUUCACCGUCCCUACUCGCUGCCAUCUCUUUCUAAUGUUCAGAGGCAAUAUGUUACUGAUGAAAAAUGGAGUAUGCCCUCAAGUGAUUUUAAUCCAGAUAAUCAGCAUUGUAUGUGGCUGAAUGGAGGGAGGCCUCCAUGUUCGGGACCACCUUUUACCCAGGAAGGCUACUUUCAGCCACCUGUUGAGAGGUCCUCAACAAAUAAUAUGGGUUUUCAACAUCCUGUGCACAAUCCUCUAGCAUCUGGAGCUUCAGUUCCAGUUCCUUCAGCUUCAGGUCAUGGUGUUGGCCAGAUGCUUCCAUGCAGACCAGAUGUGUCUGCCAUUACUUGUUGGAGACCAGCUUAAUUAUGAUAUUGGGGCAUCAUUAUUUUAAUUUUUUGUGAGGCGGAGGUUUGGACAAUAAUAUUAUGUAAGUUAAAAAUUCACAUCCUCUACUGCGUUAGAAGGCAGAGCUUCUGGAUUAUUUUCCAACAGCCAACAACUGCUAUAAGAUUGUUGAGAUCUGGCGGAGAUCCUUGGCAGGACUGUGUAUAUUGUAAUUUUUUCCUGACAAUUGCAUCCCGCAGACUACUGCUGUUGAGUAAGUCCAUGUUUUUGAUUCAUUUGCGUAAAAAUCGUUCUUCUGUAAUUAUACUGUUAAUACAAUAUAAAGAUAUUUAUUUCAAGGGCAGGCAAUCAUAUUUGAGUA